CCACAACAUCACUCAGCACAACAACACCGGCCUGUCUGUACCAGGUGUUUUUCUGCUACUUUUGCACGGAUAGACCGCCAAUAUGAAGCUUGAAGAGCUCAUUAUUGAUGGCUUCAAGUCGUACGCGACGCGUACCGUUAUCAGUGGUUGGGACUCACAGUUCAAUUGUAUUACCGGUCUUAAUGGAUCCGGCAAGUCCAACAUUCUCGACGCGAUUUGUUUCGUGCUUGGUAUUACGACGAUGUCUACUGUGAGAGCGCAAAACCUUCAGGACCUGAUCUAUAAACGUGGUCAGGCAGGUGUCACAAAGGCUAGCGUUACCAUCGUCUUUGACAAUCGCGAUACGGAGAAGAGCCCGAUUGGAUUCGAGACUUGUCCCCAGAUCAGUGUCACUCGUCAGAUUGUACUUGGCGGAACCAGCAAAUACCUCAUCAAUGGCCAUCGCGCGCAGCAACAAAACGUGCAGAACCUAUUCCAGAGCAUCCAGCUUAACAUCAACAACCCGAACUUUCUUAUCAUGCAAGGCCGGAUUACUAAGGUCUUGAAUAUGAAAGCUACCGAGAUCUUGUCGAUGGUCGAAGAAGCUGCUGGUACGCGUAUGUUUGAAGAGCGCCGUGACAAAGCAAUCAAGACCAUGUCGAAAAAGGACAAAAAGGUGGAAGAGAUCAAUGAGCUGUUGAAGGAAGAAAUCGAACCAAAGCUGGAAAAACUACGGACCGAAAAGCGUCAUUUCUUGGAGUUUCAGCAAGUUCAGUCUGAUCUCGAGAGAUUGACCAAGGUUGUCGUUGCGCAUGAUUAUAUCCAGUAUAACAAAAUCCUUCGUAACUUCACGGAGAUCAUUUCGAAGAAGACUGCCGAGCUUGAAAGUAUCGAGUCUAAUGUGGCCAAGACUCAGCACGCGAUUGAUCUUCUCAAAGAAGAUAUCGACAAGGUUAAGGCACUUCGUGAAAAGGAACUAAAGAAGGGGACUAAGUUCCAAAAGCUGGAACAACAGAUGAAAGAGCUCUCGCACGAGAUUGUGCGUUUCAAUACCCACCUGGAGCUGAAGAUGAAGAAUCUUGCAGAGGAAGAAGAAAAGGGGAAAAAGAUUCAGCAGAGCAUCAGCGAGUUACAGGCCCAGUUUGAGAUCAAGUCUGCAGAAUUUUCCCAAAUGCAGCAGCAGUUCCAAGAGAUGACAAAUACGCAUGAGACUCUUAAAGCUGAGGUUUCUUCGAAGGAAGAGCUUCUGGAAACUCUGCGAACCGGUGUUGCCGCGAAAGAAGGCCAAAAGAACGGAUAUAUGGACAAGUUGGAAGAGGCCAAGGCAUGUGCGAGUCAAGCAAAAACAAAACAGCAGCAAAUCAGUAUUCAGAUACAGCACCUCAACAAGCGAAUCAAGGAACUCGAACCGCGCGCUAAAAAGGCGCGCCAGCAAAAUAAGGAUCUGUUCAACAACCUGGAAUCACUGAAAGCGGAAUGCGCAACACUUGAAUCGGGUCUUAAUCAAAUGGACUUUGACCCCAAGGCGCAUGAAACUAUCAAACAGGCCGAGUCUGAGGCAGAGGCAAACAUCCGAGAGCUGAACCAUCAGAUUGAUACUUUGAAGCGCCAGGCUGCCAACGUUGACUUCAACUACUCAGACCCAACACAUAACUUUGAUCGCAGCAAGGUGAAGGGACUGGUUGCGCAGCUGUUCUCAAUUGAUGAGAGCAAGUUUGAUGCAGCAACGGCCCUGGAGAUCACAGCUGGUGGUAGAUUAUACAAUGUGGUGGUGGACACCGAAGUCACCGGUACUCAGCUAUUGGAAAAGGGCCAGCUUCGCAAGCGCGUGACAAUCAUUCCUCUCAACAAGAUCUCUGCUUUUCAGGCAUCUGCUGAGAAAAUUGGGGCCGCUAAAAGUAUUGCUCCAGGAAAGGUGAAUCUCGCUCUUUCACUGAUUGGGUAUGAUGAGGAAGUAGCUAAAGCGAUGAACUAUGUGUUUGGCUCCACCCUUAUUUGCGCUGAUGCAGACACUGCGAAAAAGGUUACGUUCGAUGCGCGAGUUCGCAUGAAGAGUGUUACUCUGCAGGGUGACCUGUACGACCCUAGUGGGACACUGUCAGGCGGAAGUGCACCAAAUACGUCGGGUGUUUUGAUUACUAUGCAGGAGCUGAAUAGGUUGAGCGCCGAGCGCAAUGCCGAAACUGCAAAGCUGAGAAGUAUUCGUCAGACCCUGUCGGUUGAGAAGGAGAAAAUUGAGCGCGGUACGAAGUUGAGCCAGAAGCUUGAUUUGAAAAGACACGAGAUAUCGUUGCUUGAGCAACAGAUCGCUAAUAACUCAUCGUCUGCCGUGAUCAAUGAUCUCAACAAGGCUGGUCAGAGCAUCAAGGAUUUGGAGGCUGAGGCUGUAGCUGCCAAGGAGGAACAGGCUCAAGCCGAAUCAGAAGCUAAACGAAUCGAGCAAGACAUGAAGGAGUUCAAUUCUAAUAAAGGAACCAAGCUCGAACGUUUGAAGAAGGAGGCCGAUGCCCUGAAAGCAAAGUCUGAGAAGCGAAAUCAGGAACUCAAAGUUGCUCAAAAGCAAUUUCAGGCGAUGCAGCUUGAAAAAGAGCACCUACAGAAUGAAAUUGUGGGUCAGCAAGAGUCGUAUGUAGAGGCCGAACAGAACUGGAAAGAGCUCAACGCUGAGAUCGCAAAGCUUAAUCAAGAGCAAGAGUCUGCGAACGCCCAAUACGCAGAAAUGAGCAAAAUUGUCGAGCAAGAGAAGGAGAAGCUGCUGGGCUUCGACGAAGAGCUCGUCUCGUUGGAUAAGGCUGUCCGCGAGAAGGAGCAGAUUGUUUCCGAUUUCAGCUUGGCACAGCAGAAGGUUAGUCAUGAGCUUGAGAAGAUCACGAACGACAAGGGCCGCUCCGAACAUGGCGUCAAUGAGCUUAUUAGUCAGUACUCGUGGGUCGAAGAGGAGAAGGACUCUUUUGGAAAGGCAUCGACACCUUACGACUUUGCUGGCUAUAACAUCUCAGAAUGCAAGGCGUCUAUGAAGAAGCUUACCGAUCGAUACAAUGAGAUGAAGAAGUCUAUCAACGGCAAGGUGAUGAAUAUGAUUGACAGCAUUGAGAAGAAAGAGAUUGCUUUGCGCAACAUGAUGAAAACGAUCGAGAAGGAUAAGCGUAAGAUCGAAGAUACAAUCAUCUCUCUUGAUCAAUACAAGAAGGAGGCGCUUCACAAAACCUGGCAGAAAGUCAAUAGUGACUUUGGUCUCAUCUUUGCGGACAUGCUCCCUGGCAGUUUUGCCAAGCUGGAGCCACCGGAGGGUAAGGAUGUGACCGAGGGUCUCGAGGUCAAGGUCUGUCUGGGAAAGAUCUGGAAGCAGAGCUUGACUGAGCUUUCUGGAGGACAAAGAUCACUUGUAGCGCUAUCGCUGAUCAUGGCUCUGCUGCAGUUCAAGCCUGCGCCGAUGUAUAUUCUCGACGAGGUCGAUGCUGCUUUGGAUCUGAGUCAUACGCAGAAUAUCGGCAAGCUAAUCAAGACCCGCUUCAAGGGCUCGCAGUUUAUCGUCGUGAGUCUGAAGGAUGGACUGUUCUCGAAUGCCAACCGGGUGUUCAGAACGCGCUUCCAAGAGGGCACGUCUGUCGUCAGUGUUAUGUAAGAUGAAAUUGAGGGAGACUGAUCGUUCUGGUAGGGUUUGAUUGUAGCGAGCUGGAUACUGGUAAAGAGUAUGAUUUGAGCUUUGUUAUGUCUAUUGUACUUUUAUUAUACCUAAUUAUAAAGAGUUUAUGUACGCAAUGUAUUUUAAUGAGUGGAUUAUCGCCGAA